UCCGCCUGGCAUGAUGCAAGUCUUUUAAUCUUGCUUGCCGAACACGGAAGUGUGGAUCAUAAUUUUCUCUGAUCCGAGAGAAAUGCACUCUGCACAAGCUCAGAGGCACUCUCCUAACUACCUCCGAGUGAACCGUCUGGAGUGGCGGCUCGCAAUCGAGCUGAGAUCUUCUCGAAGGACUCGCGGCUCUCCUUCUCAAGGAUACUUGUAGGAGGCGGAGAGCAGAAGCGACGUCCGAGUCUGAUUCCCCCUCCUCUCUUUUCCCCAUUCACUCUUGCUGCCGCAGUCGCGCCUCCACGUGCCCUUGCCGGGGCUCCGGCAGGGACUGCAGCUGUAGGCAGCCGCGGCGUCGGGGGCCGGGAUUUUUGCCAGGGGGUGGCUCCAGGCUGGGCUAGCAGGCCGAGGCGGGGUGGGGGACGCAACGCGCGGAAUCUCGACUGGAGGCGGCAGCCACAGAUCAAGCGAGCCCGUCCCGUCUGUGCGUCCGCCUGACUGCGCCAUGAUCCCCAUCAGCUGUUUUCCCAGUUCUGGGAACUGGAGUGCAUGGAUGAGAUAAUCUUGGGGCCUAAUAGUGAUGGAAAAGAAAAUCUUUUGGGGAGAGAGCUAGAACCCCGGAAAUGACAAGCAUGUUAUGGAAAUCCGGUCCUUUGAAUUGGAACCUGAGCCUGUGGAAGAAUGUGUCCAGAGCACACUGGCUGCCUUGUACCCUCCUUUCGAAGCCACGGCCCCCACUCUUCUGAGUCAGGUCUUCGAAGUGCUGGAGCGGACGUACCAACACGAUGCACUGCGCUACACCCUUGACUUCCUUGUUCCUGCCAAGCACAUCUUGGCUCGCAUCCAGAGUGAAGCCUGUGCUCAGUAUAGCGGCUUCGUCUUUUGCCAUGAAGGUUGGCCCCUUUGCCUUCAUGAAAAAGUCUUCGUCCAGCUGGGUUCCUUGCCGUGGCAACACUUGAGUCCCGGGGAUUUCUACUUGCAAGUGGUGCCUCACCGGGAAUGUGCUCCCCGCCUAGUCCUGAAAUGCCUCUCACUGGAGGGCCGGGGAGUGCAGGAGUUGCCUGUGUCUCCUGACUCCUAUCGAUUCCUUUUCACCAUUGAAUGGCUUAAUGGCAUCAACAAAGAACGUAGAGUAGGGCGUCUGGAACGCUGCUUGCUGGCAGCUGGAGAAAAAGUGCUGAGCUUGCCUUGGGCUGAGCUUGUGUAUCCUCAAUUUGUGCACAAAGACGGAUUUAUUGUGGGGCAGCACUGCCCUACAGAUUUGAGUCCUGAGGUCCUGGGGGCAAGGAGUCCUGGUGACGGACGUCAUUCUGGCGGAGAGAACCGGGAAUCUGAGGGAGAGUACGUUCACCUCUUGGAGGUCAGCCCCACUUUGCAUCAAGCACCCAGAAUCCCACAACCUUGCACUGCCCAGAUUCAGACAAUGCCUGCUCGCAAGGGACAUAGCAAAAAUAGGAACCGGCGCCACCGAGCCUGGCUCCAUCAUAAGUCGGGCUGCGGGGAGAACUUUGCUUUGCGACAGGCUUGCAAAACUGAGGAGGCAGAGAAGUCUAGCCAAGAGAAGGGAAACCAGGAUGAGAAGGUAGCUCAGCUGAGACCAAAUUCUAGCCCAGCUUUGGACCCAGUCUUAGAAAGUCCCGGAGCAGUUGGGUACUUAAAUCCUAAACAACUGGAGGAAAACCUAGAUCCCAUUGAAACAAAACCAUCACCCAUUCUGAAUAGUAGUGAUGGUGUUGUUGAAGACACAGCUCUGGGGAAAGAAGAAUUGCUUGAAUCCAUUCACCGAGAUCCAACUCCUCCUAAGGAGAGUAGCAAGGAAAGCCAUUCUCCAGCUUUAGCAACUCCAAAACGUACCAGCAAGGGAAACCGGAGGAAAAAGAAAGGUGGUGGGAAAGGAGCUGGUGGUCGGAUUAAACAGGGGUCAGAUUCUGCUAACCAAGAAACAGAAAGUUCUGAUCUUAAAGCAGGUGCUGAAAAGGAGGAGACCUACACGAAUCCAGGAGAACAGGUUUCUGGGACCGGAAGUGUUUGUGUUAAUAUCAGAGAUCCAGACAGCAUCAAAGUACCCUGUGUUGAUAUCACAGAGUGCGAUGAUGCCCCAGAGUGUGAUGACACCCAAGAGAAAGAUAGAAUUGCAGGAAACCAAAGCUUUGAAACUGGAGGGGAAGGAGUCAACAAUGGUGACUUGGCUGUCAGCACUGGAGACUGUAUUGCUGGUGCUACAGAGCCAGAAGACACCAUAGGAAAAUGUACCAUUGGUGACAAUGAAGGCAGCUCUGGGGAAGGAAACAUGGAAGGCCCAAAACUUAACACGGAAGAGCCAAAUGCUAAACCCAACACUAGUGAAUCAAGAAUUGGUACUGAGGACGUGAGCGUCCAAGAAAAAGAAGUGGAGAUUCCUGAAGACCAGUGUAUGGUGGAAGAGGGUCUCGACAGCAAAGAACCAGGGCUUACUGACUUGCCAAGUAAGAAUGAAUUAGCAAGUGUUGAUGGGAAAGAAGAGGCCACAGGCAUAGCAGCUGAUCAGGGUCCUGGGGAAAUACAAAAUUCCCUUUUACCCAUGGUGGCUCGUCUUGGGGAAUCUGUAAACUGGAACCUUCUUCAAUCAGGAGUUUUUGCUCUGACAGGAGGAAUAGACAAGGCUGGCCAUUCCUUGUUGACCAUAGUGCCCCAGCCUCUUCAGGAUGAAUUACCUCCAGGACAAGAGGAUCUGGUUAAUACCUUAAGAUACAUGCACUCACUUCUCAGGCAAGAGCUAAAGAUUCUUGGGCUGACAGUGCUGUUGGAUCUAAGCCAUGUGGAUGACUGGGCCUUCCAGGCCCCCGUAUUGCUCCCGGCAUUAAAAGCAUUCCAGGAGACUACACCAACUCCCAUCAGUCAGCUGCUGGUGAUCUUACCAUCUGAUAAUCGUUUUGUACCCCAUGAAGAGGAACUGACCUUAGAACCUGCUGUGGAAAUCCGGCUUCUUUUGCUGCAUGAACUUCCACACUAUGUGGCCUUGGAUCAGCUGACCCCAGGACUAGGUGGGACUCUGAGCUACUCGCCACCCAGAUGGGUUAGAGAACAUCAGGCUCUUGAACAACUACAAGAUCUCUGCUGUGGUGUUCUCCAGACUGUGUGUGAAGCCAGUGACCAGCUCAACGCAGUGGGAACAGCAUCAAGUCAGGAGGAACUGUCAACUCAAAUCACCUUGCACCAGGACACUAUGCAGAAAUUGCUUUCAGAGCCUCGUUUACUGGAGCUCCAGCGCCGGGGAGGCUCCUUGCUGGCACGGCUACCCCCAUCGGGACCCUGCAGUAAUCAAGCUGUGGAUGCCACAAGGCUCUAUCAAGAGGUGGAUGAAGCCCUUCAUGGACUUGUCCAACUCAGCAACCGGUGUCUUGAGUUAUUGCAGCAGGAGAAGAAAAACAUACAGGUUCAGCAGGAAGGCAAAACAUGCUUUCAGUCUGGUGACAGCAGUGUAGAAAAGAAGAGAGAGGGUGAGAAACCAGCUGAGGGGCUAGCUGAAAGAACAUCCUUGGAGAAAAAACUGUUACACAAUCCUAGAUCUUCAGGGAAGUCACAGGUCACGCCCGAAGACAGUUCUGUUCCCCGAGCCCGAGCCCGUGCAUGCAGCAUCAGUGCUUCUUCUUCACCUAAGCAUGGCUUGUUGCUUGGGGCCAAGUUUGGUUCCUCUUGCAGUUUAACUUCUCUCUUCCAGCCACUUACCAGCCCCAAGGGCUCCCCUUGUUGUUCUCCUGGCCGAAGCAAAGCCCUAGACAGCAGGAAGAAAAGCCAGGGGCCUCUCAACACUUCUAAAACACCUGCAUCUCCAGCUAAUAACCUGGCAUUACGAGCCUUGAGUGAUCCGGGGCGCCCUAGCGUGCAUAUACGUGGUCUGGAAGUAAGCAGCCGGGAACUGGCAGACAGGAGCUGUUCUCCCCGUGAACAUGUGCUGUUGGGACGCAGCAGAACUCAUGUUGCUGAAGCACCAUGGGGGGCCACACCUUGCAUGGAAAGAAGGCGUUGCCUUGGGGUCCAACAACAGCUUUUGGUUGAGCUGCUGGAGUGCGAGCGGGAGUACGUGGGUGCCCUUACCCAGCCCCACUCUCUGUCUCAGGAGCCCGGGGGACAGACUUGGACAGCUGAGUUAAGAUGCCUGGGCAGUGCCCUCCGGGCCACAAGGGACCGGCUGCUGGCCUUCCAUUCCAGCUGCCUCCUAAGCGAGUUGGAGGGGUGCAUGAGCCACCCGUCACGCGCUGGCAGCUGCUUCCUGCGCCAUAGAGAAGAGCUGCAACUGUAUGCAAUCUAUGCCAAAGAUCACCACAAGUUCCAGGCUGCCCUGGCUUUGCUUCGAAGCACUGGCAAGAAAGGCCUGAUGGAGCCACGUGAGGAUGGUCAAAUAGCAUACACUUUGCAGGUGCCUCUGGAGCAACUGGAGCGCUACCGGCGCUUCCUAGGUGAACUUCUGCAUGAAUGUGAGCUCGAGCAGGGGCCUGACCGCCAAGCCCUACAGGAGGCCCAGCAACUGCUGGAGGCACAGAAGCAGCGAGGCAGAGAUCUACUGGCCAUAGAGCAGAUCCGAGGCUGCGAGAUGAAACUGUCAGAACAAGGGACAUUGCUUCAGCGUGGUGAACUCAUUCUGUUGUCUGGACGCCGUAAAUGCCAGCGGCACGUUUUCCUAUUUGAACAGUUGCUACUCUUUACCAAAUGUAAAGGAGCUGAGAGUGGCUAUGUCUGCAAACUGGCCUUGCAAACUGCUUCCAUGGGGUUGACGGAGAGUGUGGGUUCUAGUGGGUUACGUUUUGAACUUUGGUUCGGAAGGGGGUCAUCCCGACAGGCCUAUACAUUGCAAGCAGCCUCUGCUGAAGUCAAGCAUCAGUGGACAAAUAUUAUAGCCCAACUGCUCUGGAGACAAGCUGCCCAGCCAAGUGUCUCAAUGAGCUUGUCCUCCUGCCCUUCUCAGCGCUUAGCUCCUCUGGGCCUUGGCCCUGGUCCCCCUCCUGGUUUGUCACUCCCUGGCCACUUUGAGGAAGAGGAAUGGGACUUAGAUGUCAAGCCCAUCCCGAGAGCUCACACCUCUGGGUCAGAGGGAGCCUCCCCAAGCCACUAUGAACCACUUAGGCAGGGGAGAAGUUCACUGCCUGGUAGCAGCUCUGCUUUAGGACACAAUCAGUCGCGUUGGGUGUGGAGCCUGCAUCGGAAACUCUUUUCUCCAGGAAGCCAAGGACGGCAAGAUUCAGUUCCUAGGGACUCUGGGAACAGGACAGUUUGAGAUCCUUGCAGAAACUUGGGGAUUGGGACACAAAUGGAUGGUCAUAUUCAGCAAUAUUGUGACUUGAUCCUACCAUUUCCUGAUGGCUCUUCUACCACUCCACAGAAGCAUCCACAUCAUCAUAUCCUACUGUGGGAUUUCCAUGUCCUGCCUGAUUACUACUCAUUGAGUGCCUUUUCUGCCAUUUUCUUGGAUUGUGAAUUUCCUGAAGCGUUUUGGUCAAGCUCACACUAUUGAUAGUAAGAGAGGCUACCAAGCAAGGAAGUUCAACUAGGAAACUCCCAGGUUCACCCAAAUUAAAAGUUGCUGGGAAAGAGGGAACUUGGUGGGCUGAAUCAUCUUCUAUUGAGCAUCAAAUGUGGUAAUACCCAGCGUGUAUGGAUCUGUGCAUUUAUUGGUUACCCUAUCUCCAGUCAUACCUUCAGUCUUAAAAUUGAUUCGUAUUUUGCUCUCUUCAGUGGGUGUUGAAAGAAAGAAUCUAGGCUGCAGUUGUUAGGCAACUACAGUAUCCAUUUCCUGAACUUUCUCCAAGGUAAUUCUAGAGUAAAAGGAAGAAAGAGGGCAUCUGGGCUACAUAGAGGGGUAUGUGAUUGCCAUCUUUAGAAGUAUUCCCUUCUAAAAUAGGAUCAGAGAUCUUUAGGUGAGUUACUCAAGAUCAAAAGAAUAACAACAGUAUGAGAAUGAUGUACGGUAUGCACAAUGCCAUAGACCUUCGCGAGAUAACAAUUUUUCUGGGACUGUGCCACUUUAGAAUGCAAAAAAGGUGCUUGUCAGUUUAAUAUUGGGAUUUUGAGUUUUUUAUUUUGCAUCUUAUUUUGUAGAGUAACUGGCAUGGCAAGGAGAAUUAAGAUAUGUUAGAUAUCUAUUUUGUUUGUUAAUAUUCCUGUGCAGGGAGUUUUGAUGAGCAGUACUUGGUUAAAGCUAUACCCCUACAUUCUUGCAGUUUGAAGAAACGUGAGAAUCAUUGUUUCAUGAUUAUCCUGAGCAUAAGGAAGAGAUCCUUGAACUGCAAACAUACACAUUUAAUUUUCAAGAUUAUUUUUGAGAUGAUUAAAUAAUAUAACCACCAUGGCUUGUUUAAAGAACAAAAUUUGUACAAAACCAACUUCCAUGUGAAAAUCUAUUGCAGUGCGAGUGAAAAUAUCAAAAACUGGGAGAAGAGGGAUGGUUGCUUUACCCUGUAGCACAAAGUUGGCUUACUUGUUUGAUUGUUUUUACAUGCAGUUUACUGUAAUUCUGACUGGGGGAAGUAAUCCAUAAAGAAGUACAAAUGGUGCUAUAUUUAGAAUUGA